AGAGAUACGCCCAGUCAGCCAUUUAUGAGUGGCCAGCCACGUCACCACACUAAUAACCGGGUCAAGGAUAAGAUAAUGACGUUUCCAAACAAGGCCGUAACGUGAUGCGACCUUCAAGUAAACGCUCGUUCUUUGCGAUUCCUCCGCUUACCAUAUAAAUACAUAAGAUAAGUCCAUUAUUGACAGUUACGAUCGUCUCUCUUCUCCAACGCUUCUGAUCUCCUCUUUCGUUUCUGUAUUUUGAGUUAGCAAUGAAGCCAGGAGGAUCAGGGUUGAAUCCAAACGCAGCAGCUUACGUACCAGUCGCCAAAAGAGACGGUGAUUCUGCAAAGCCUGCUGCUGCUGUCACACAUCCCUAUGUAGCUGAUGGUUAUGGAGUUCAAGGAAAGGGAAGUUAUCAAAUGUACAUGCCAAAGACGGCUACAUCCUCUGAGAAGAAGGUGAGUGAGGAAGAUUUGGAGAUGGACGUGGACAUUGAGUUUCUUUUAGCCACGUUCUCUGACUUGUCAUAUGAGUCUAUCAGUGAUGUGUACUUGGCCAACAAUGGUGAUCUGGAUGCAACUAUCGAAAUGCUGACUCAGCUCGAGAUUUUCAGUAAUGAAGCCGAGGAGUACCUCCCAGACACACUGGACAUUGGCGAUGUACCUGAAACCAUCGAGCCUUCUACUUCAUCAGCUCCAAAGCAGACGAAUGCAAGUACAUCAACAUCCUCCCGUACCCCCAAACGCUCCCUUCUCCUGAUUAAGAAAAUGUGAGGAUUAAGAAAAAAACAUUCUUGCAAUGGAUGAUGAUGAUAUGAGGUUGAUGGGUUAUCUUGGGAGAUCUCUUUACUAUGUUUUCCUUCCCCGCUGCUUUGUUACAUUGGAGAAAAAUAGAGAGUACAAUGUAUAGAUUUUUGAAAAUAUCAAGUAUGAGUGUUGAGAAUUGGGAUUGUUCUUAUGGUGGACAAAGCUAUGAAUCAUUAGCCACUGAUGAUGCUCUUUUGGCCAUUUUUGAGUCUUUUUCUCUGCUUUUGCUCAUUGCGCUGCUCAGUAUUUUUGCAUCUUCUCUUCACCACAUGUAUGACUUAUGGAAUUGAUUUUGUUCUUUGGUAUAUUUCUAAUGUUUACAUCCA